GCGCGUUUUUCAAAAAUUCCGGAAGUGAGUGGUUGUGAUGCGGGCGGACUCCCGGCAGGUGUCGUCUCCGCUCUCCCGUCUCAGAACGCCAUAAAAAAUGAACUCCAGAAAUGGGACUAACGGGAGGCCGAGUCCUAAAACUGCGGUGCCAAAAUCAGACAGUGACUUGGAAAAACUCAAGAGGGAAAAUGCGAUCCUGAAAAAGAAACUGGAAGAAUCCAACAAAUCUAAGCUGUCUGGUGCGGAGAGGAACAGACUACUGGAGAAAAUUCUUGACCUGGAAACCCAGAAUGUGAAAGAAAGCGAUGAUAGGGCCAGACAAGGUGAAGUAAUACAAAAUUUCAGUGAAGCCGUUAAUGCUAGGAAUAAUGGACAGGUACGCCUGGCGGAGCUGGAAGCCAAGAGACUGGAAGAAGUGUCCUCAGAAAUCCAGAGACUGUUCCCAGACGUUUCACCUCGUAAGGUUCCAUUGAAAGCUAGCGCCUCUGAGAACGCCCAGAACCCAACCAAGGCAGACAAUGCAAGCAGCAUGCAGAUCGUGGAGGCACAGUUACAAGACGCCCUGGUAAAGAAUCGGCAGUGGUUGGUGUAUGACCAGCAACGAGAGGCCUACGUACAGGGGUUAAUGGCUCGCAUUGUUGAUCUGGAGCGACAAGUGGUGAAUGCCAAACAAUCCCAACAAGCAACAGAGAGUAACUCCGAUGCAAAAGAAGAUAAACAGAAAUAUUACGACCGGCUAAUGCUUGCUGCAAAAAAAGAUCUUGAAGGGGAAAGGCAAAUAACCUCCCAGCUAAAUUCUGAACUUUCUGAGCUGAGAUUGAAGUACGAGGAGAAGAAGAAAGAGCUUGAAAAUGUAUCCGCUACCUUAAAAUCCCUCCGAGAAAGUGAGAAGGGGCAGCGGGAGGAUGAGAGGAGGCGGUUUAAGGAAAAAAUGCGGCAGUUAAAAUAUGAAGUUGAUUUGUAUCUUGAGAAGUACGAAGAGGAAAAGAAAAAAAACUUGGAUCUUUCAAAUCAGAUCCAGAGGUGCACUGCAGACUUGGAAAAUGGGAAGAUCGACCAACAAAAUGUACAACAGCAACUAAAUAAAGUACUGAAAGAACUGAGGAAAACCAGGGAACAGAUCACAAAGCUGGAGCCGGCGAAACGGGACAUAUAUUUUGUCGACACCUCCGGCAACUUUGCUUCUGACUUCAGCGACAAGCUGAGCCUGAGAGAGGAGCAGCCAUCUCCAAAGCUUAAAAAUGUCUUAGACGAGAGCUUCCUGGAGUGCCCCAGAUGUCGAGUGGUGUACCCGACCAGCCAGCACCGGGAGCUCCUGGCACACUUAGAUUUCUGCACCAGCUGAAGACGUCCUACUGUACCAGCCGGCCGGCCUGACAGCGAUCCUACAGAAAGGAGGGUUUCUACCUUGUACACUCCAGCCUCGGGGGUUUGUCUUAUAUUUCUUUAAGCGUAAUGUUGUAUGUGCAGUCCUACAUUGGUUUUCAUACAUUGAUAACCACGUAUCAUACUGCUGAGAUUGUCCGUCCCGGGUCGGUCAUCAUACAUUGCAAUGAAUGAUAUAAGUUAUUCAAUGUAUGGUCUAGAGCAGGGAUCAGCAACUCCCAGAAUCCUCCUCUCCCUUCUAUAGGAGUUACAAGUAGAGCCAAGUAAAUGUGCAUGCUGGGAGUUGUAGUUUGCACAGCAGCUGGAGUGCCGGAGGUUGCUGAUCCCUGGUCUAGGGUAUUUGACCAGCUCUGGCAAAACUGGGGUUAAUUGAACUGACAUAAGUGGGGUCUGGCGGCCAUUUUGCACUUAGAACUGUUACUACAUCCAUCUGUAACCACCAGGCCGUAAGGGGCGCCUUUCUCCUCGCUUGCACUGAUUUACGUCUUGCUGCCCCUAGAAAUAUUCACUGUUACUGUAAGAGAAGAGAAACGUGUAAAAUGAAUUUGCUUGAAUCUGCUUAACUUAUAACAUUGCACUUUUUAUUUCAAAAUGGUCAUGGUUUUGUAAAAUAAAUACUUUUUUUUUUUUUAUCUUUCACGCUAUAUUUUAAACAUGGUGCCAUUAAUACUUGGUUUACUGAACUUUGAAAUGGAGAUUAUUACUAUGAGAAAUGGGAUAUAAUAAAGAUUUUA